AUGCAAGGCAUGCAAGGGCAACAACCAACUGCUCCUGCUCCUACUCCUCAGGCUGCAGUAGGGCCUGACUUUCGUGCCUUCUUUCGGAUGGAUCCGCCAGAGUUCUUGGGUGGCUUAGAUCCUGUGAUUGCGCAUGAUUGGCUAUAUGCUAUGGAGAUGAUAUUCCAGGAUAUUCAGUGCACAGAAGAAGAGAAUGUGAUCUUUGCUGCUCAGAAAAUGAAGGGACCAGCAGGUAGAUGGUGGAAUACGGAGUCUACGUAUUUCACUAACCGGGGGAUUCCAAAGGAUUGGCAACAUUUCAAGACAGCUUUCUUGGAGAAGUACUACCCCAACAGUGUGCGUGCUUUGAAGGAGCGUGAGUUUCAGUCCUUCAAACAAGGCAACAUGUUGGUAUCUGAAUAUGCUGAGAAGUUUGAGGACAUGGCUGCCUAUUCCAGACAAGCAGCUUAUGCACCAGAUGAGUUGUGGAAGAUUGAUCAGUUCCUCAUGGGGCUGAAUGCUGAUAUUGUGCACAGUGUGUCUCAAAGGGAGUUUACCACCUAUGCUGAGUGUUUGAGGCAAUGCUAUGUUGCCGUGAACACAUUGAAGAGAGUCCAAGAUGAAAGAGAACAGAAUAAGCCGGUUCAUAGGGAACAAGGAAGGUCGGGGCAGCAUCUGAAAACUCGCAAUUUCCCGCCUAUGAAGAGACAAGUUCAUGGUGAUCGCUCUACUCAACCUCCUUGGUGUUGCAAGUGUAACAGGAAGCAUUAUGGAGAUUGUAAGACAGCCUCAGUGAAAUGCUACAAGUGUCAAGAGUUCGGUCAUUUUAGGAAGGAUUGUCCUGUGCGAGAUGCUCCCGAAAGGACUCCAGGUCGUGUUUACACCUUGGACGCUAGGAAGGCCCAAGGGAACACUAAUCUUAUUGCUAGUACGUGCUAUGUCAAUAACCAACCUUUGUUUGUGCUAGUUUAUUAUGGAGUACCACAUUCCUUUAUUUCUUAUCCUUGUGUACGGAGGCUUGGUUUUGAGACGAGUCUUCUUCCUAAUCCUAUGAUUAUCUCAUCGGCUACGGACGAUGUAGUAGAAGCUCGAGAAUUUUGCAAGGAGUGUUCUAUUACCUUCAAUGGUCGUAGAUUCGUGAUUGAUCUCAUUUGUCUACCUCUUAAGAAGAUCGAUGUAAUACUUGGUAUGGACCGGUUGUCAGCUAACUCGGUGUACAUCAGUUGUAAAGAGAAGGCUAUCUUCAUUCCUGCUGAGGAGACUACAUCAACCGAUGCCAUUGAACAUCUUCUUGAAGUUUCAGUUUCCCCUUAUAGGAUGUCUCCUACAGAGCUAAGAGAGUUGAAGAGCCAGUUAGAAGAGUUGUUGGCGAAACACUUCAUUUGUCCUAGUGUUUCUCCAUGGGGAGCUCCAAUUUUGUUGGUAAAGAAAAAGGAUGGUAGUAUGCAUUUGUGCAUCGACUAUCGUCAGCUGAACAAG